ACUACGCACGGAACGGCUUUCGGAAAGGGAGAUCUAACUAUCGUAGAUCUAUCGAACGCGUCGCGCCGCGAUCUGGUGUUAACUUUGUUUUUCGUGGAACUUUUCGCACGGAGUCACCGAGAUGUUGAAGAAGCUGCUGAUUUUGACGACCGCGUCCGUCGUCCUAAUCGCCGGACAGAGCAUCGACGAAUGCCUCAAGGAAGACAGCAUAGCCUGCGUGCAGAAAACUCUGUACAGAACCGCCAAGGAGUUCUUCGCCAAGGAUAAACUUGAGCUUGUGAACGGAGUGAGCCUUGUGAAAAGUCAUUCCGAUGACAGGAGUGCUAGAUCCGGCAAGGAACUCGCGUACGAUCAAGAGAUAGACGCCGCUAACGAUAUCAACGAGAGACAAAACACCCUCGAGAACUUUAUUAGCGAUGAAGCCGGAGAGUUCUUGUCCGGUCGCAGCCUCAGGAUCAAUCUUGCACCCGCCUUCGAAAAAAUCCGUGACUCGGCUCGUGCCAUCAGCGAGUCUGUGCCACCAGAGAUUCGUCAAGCCGUCGACGAUGUUGUCGAAGGUCGAGGCAAAAAGAAGGGGAUAAAGGGGCUCAUACCUAUCCUAAUUGCCGCGAAAGUGAAGAUCGGUCUCUUAAUGACUCUCGCGUACUUCGCCAUCUCUAUCAUAGCGAAAAAGGCGAUCUUCGCGUCCCUCAUUUCUCUCGCCAUUUCUGCCUUUAUCGGUUUGAAGGCUCUCUGGGCGAAGAAGAGCGGCGGCUAUCACCACGACGUUACCGCUUACAAUAGCGGCUGGAGCGGACCCGCUUCAUCUGGGGGUUGGUCUGGUCCCGUGAGCGGUGGAUGGUCCGCUCCCGUAUCCAAUGGAUGGUCUUCCGGCAGCUCUUCCGGUUGGGAAGAUCCUCACGCUUACUCGCACAGCCAGGCGUACUCCGGAUAUCACCAUCACUAACGAUGCUCCCUUGUUGAUGUUAUCUUCUGUAACUCUUCUUCUUCCUCUUCUUCUUUUUCAUUGAAUAAUGAGCGACGGGAAAAACGAGACAUCGACGAAAGUCGAGUGACUCGAGCUUCACCGUCGAUCCUUCAUUGUUCGCGAUUUUAUGGAGAUAUUUAUUCUUAUUUAUAUCAUUUAAUAGUAAAUAGGGCGUCUGACCCUUCCGCGCAAUGUACAUAAAAUUAAUAUCUCUCGCUCGCAUACGCGUUUGCGAAUAGAUCGAGCGGAUAAAGCGUAAAAUCGAAUUAAGCUGAGAAGCUUACGUCGCGAUACGUUCGAUCGGCGAAGUCGUAAGUCGUGAAUUAUGUCUUUGUAUUAUUCGUCGAGAGAUAUGCAAUAUUACAUAUUAUGAUGACUUCGCCAUCGCAACUUUAGCUCGAGCUUCGGCUUGAUUACGAUCUGUAGCAGAACUCAAUUGAGACGCAGUUGAUGAAUCAUGAUUACAUCUAGUCCAAUACGAUGUAUAUGCAACACAGUUACAUCCUUACGAAUAUGUAUGCUUUGUAAUAUGCAUGUUCAUUAAUAU